UUUGAAACGAAUUCUGUCAUUUAAUAAAGGAAAGUCAGGCAACCAAAAGAGAAAAGAAAGACAGAGGGAGAAAGCAAUCACAGGGAAAAUAUCAAUACAGCUUGCUGGCAGUGUUUCACAAUGGUGACAUGGCUAGCAAGCUAAUAUUAAGUUAGCUUGCUGAGAAAUUAUGCCGCAUUGCCUUCAGUUUCAGAAGCAGCCUCAGAAAGUGGAUCAGAUUUGGUGGAUUGGUUUUCUUUUAAAACUAACAACUAACAACUAACCAUUAUUUUCAUAAAUUAAUUGAUUAAUCGUUCGGUGCAUGAAAUGAAGAUUUUUGUGCUAUGCCGCUGAUUAUUCCUAAUGCAGUGGUGAAAAGUACAUUUACUCAAUCUGCAAUCUAGGUGGAGGGACACCCUGCUUGUCCUGCCUGUAGAGGAGCAGAUAGCUGGCUGGCUUGGUGGUGAAGCGCCUGUCUGCAGCCUGGCUCUCUCUGCUGUGUGCUGUAGAGGAUAAGAAGGAGGCCCUGGGAUUCCUGGCGAUACCGUGGAAGAGGUGGAUCAGUCAGAGAUGAUUCCUCAUGAAGUCUGUGGAGCUCAUUUUGUGAGCUGGAGUGACUCCAUCUUCUCUGGUCUGAGACCUGGAGCUGUCUACCAGUGAACGCAAAGAGAGCCAGAGCCACGCGGCACACAACCAUCGAGUGGAGGAGAGAGCGAAAGAGAGACCCAAAAGAACUUAGAAGUACUACCCAGGAAUAUUAAAACCAGGCUGGCACAAUGAAAUCCAACCAGGAGCGGAGUAAUGGAUGCCUGCCUCCUAAGAAGCGUGAGAUCCUGGCUCUGGAGCAGAGGCCAGUGGCAGUCACCACAGCAACACCUCCAGCUGCAGUGGUUACUGACAGUCCCCACACGGAGAACCUAGCAUGGCUGGCAAGCGUAGCCAGUGAACGCUGCAAAUCCAGGGAUGCUGAGAGCCCGAGAUGUCCCAUCAUUUCCUCCACUUCCUCUUCUCCUUCCACCUCUAUCCCCUCCUCGGCCACUCCUCUGUCUGCGGUGCCCUUGGCCUCUCUGCCUGCAGUUUACCCCACAGCCCUCCCCCAGCAGGCCGGGACUAUCCAGUUUGCUCAGCUGGGACCCAACGUUCAGUUCAUCAGCUCUGGGCCGUAUGCUGGCUACAUCUCCUCCCACAUCAUCUCCACUAAUGCUGGCUCUGCACCUAACAGCUCUGCCAUAGGACAGCGUCCCCACCUGGAUGGUUACACCACUGCCCUCAUCUCCCCCAACACCAAAGGUGAGCAGCAGCAGUUUCAAAUAGGCCUCUCUCCCACAGAACUGGCUCCUGUGUCACUUCCAAGCUCUCCCCACGUCACCAGCCAGUACAUCCAUCUGGACAGCAGAACACCUCUGACUGUCAGCGGAAACACGGUCACUUCACAGACGGCCCACCUCCAGCUCCAUCCUCACACCGCCGUCCUGCCUCAAACGCUUACCCUCACUCCCUCCCAGCUGGUGGUUCAGUAUGCAGAUGGUUCACUGGGAAAGAAACCAGAGGGGCAUGCUAAGGGCAUGUUGAAUGGGGAAUUUGAGAUGGUCAAACAGACUAAAACUCCCAGUCACCCAGCAAACCAUCAGCAGAUCCACAGCUAUGAGGCCAGACAUAUCCUCCUGCCUGCAGACUAUGGCCAAAACCCUGCAGGACUCCAGACGUCCUUGGUGCUUGUGGCCCAGCCCAACCAUGGAGCGGAACGUGAAGCUGGCUCAAAUAAGAUCUCGUUAGUCCAGACUGAGAAAGGAGGCAUCUGUUUGGGGAAACCAGUGUCCAGAUCCUCCUCUUUCACCUCCCUCUCGUCCUCAGAGGUGGUGAAGUCUGUUGCUCCUCACACAGUCAUCCAGACCACUCUUGCCUCCGAGGAGCUGCCAGCCAGUCUUUAUUCCUCCACACAGCCACCCAUCAUUGGCUAUAUCACCAGUGCAAAUCAGCACGCUGUCAGCUACCACGCAGCACUGCCUCAGCACUUGGUCAUCCCGAGUGGCCAGUCCCUCCUCAUCCCAGUCAGUGGCACUAGUAACAGCACAGAAAUUGAGGUUAGUCGUUCUGUCAACGCCAUGACUGCCACCACUACCCCUCAAAUAUCCACCGCCAUGCCGCAUGCCUAUCUGGCCACAGCCCUGUCAAAGUGUGAGGCGCUUGGGUCAGAUGGAAAUCAGCCACCCCCUGCCGUCGCACAGGCACCAGCGCUGCCGGUCCUGCCCUCAAUCCCGGGUCCUACAGUGGUGUCAGCUCCCUCCCCAACUCCUGCUAGUGUCCCCACUCCUGCACCUGUUUCUAUUCAAGCCUCCCCCACUGUCUCCUCUUCCUCUUCCCCUGUGGCGCUUCCUCCGUUCUUCAUGCGAGGCUCCAUCAUCCAGCUGGCUGAUGGGGAGCUGAAGCGUGUGGAGGACCUCAAGACUGAGGACUUCAUCCAGAGUGCGGAAAUUAGCAGUGAGCUGAAGAUUGACUCCAGCACUGUUGAGCGUAUUGACAGUGGGCAAAGUCCUAAUGCUGUGGUCAUACAGUUUUCUGUGGGAGAGCUCAAAGCCCAGGUGUGUGUGGAGGUGCUGGUGGAGUAUCCCUUCUUUGUAUUUGGCCAGGGCUGGUCGUCCUGCUGCCCAGACCGGACCACCCAGCUGUUUGAGCUGUCCUGUGCUAAGCUGUGUGUGGGUGAUGUAUGCGUGUCGCUGACCCUCCGCGGCUUGAGGAACGGCUCAGUGACAGACAGCCAGGCUUGUGGGACCAAGCUGAAGACCGGUCACCCCUCUGACAUCCACAGUGUGGAUGCCACUGUAAGAAACAGUAUGAGUCCAAACGCUGCAGGCAGUAACAGCGGCCUCCUCAUGAAGGCUUCCAGUGCAGACAGGCUAGAGAGGGAGCAGGUAACUGGCCCAGGACCAGGGCUAGAGUUACCACCGGGAUUGGGACUAGUUCCAGGACAAGGGGAGGGGAUCUAUGGCGCUGGACCAGUGCUGACAGUCUCGGGGACUGGAGAAGUAAGACAGGAAGCAGUGAAAACAGACAUUCCUGCUCUUACCAAAAUACAAUGUGGUGAUCCAGAGAGACCCACAGGCCGCAAGAGACGCUGGUCAGCUCCAGAGCGAGACCAGACUGAGAGGGCUGAGGAGGAGCCUCCUUUGACUCUGCCCAAACCCUCCUUCAUCCCUCAGGAGGUUAAAAUCUGCAUAGAGGGGCACUCCAGUGCUGGGAGUGAAAGGUGCUUGAACAAAAGAGUAGACUGUUGAGAGAACUUAAAGGAAUUUUGAUUACAUGUGGUUUACUUUGUGUUUGUCCCCUCUCUUUUCUCCAUCCAGACUACUGUAAUAUAAGCUGAGUUUACACACUAUUCACGUUUCCUUUUCUUUCACACAAGUCUGAUAUCAACGAUGAAGUAUAGUAGAGCACCUUCAUAAGUGGUAUCACACACGAGAUCAGUGCAAUCAAUGCUGAAAGCAACAAUGAAUGCAGCGUGAAUGUCGAGUAUGAAUGGACAGACACCUGAGAGACAUUCGACUUACGUCUCACAUAUGAUAAGCUGGAUCUCCUUUGUCACGUGGCUUAAACCUGUUGGAUGAAGACCAGUCAACCAUUCCUCUUAUCACAUGAACAAGCACAGUCCCAGAUGUCAGCGUGCAGAAAAUGGAUAAGCAUGUUUAGCCUCUCAUCUUGUUUGUUUCACCGUUUAUUUGGUUUGUAGUGACGUUUAUGAGUGGUUGGAGUCAAAGAGAAACCUUUGGUGUUUCAAUGACAAGGCUCAAUUGUCAUGGAUGGGAUCUAUGCUGCCUUGCGUAUCUGAUAAGCUUUUAAGGUUUAUUUUCUGACUCUUUUUUUCGUAUCAUUACAGAUGUGUGUUUGCUACUGCAGGUGGCCUUGUGCCACUUGUCUCUAUGUGUAUGUGCCUGAGUUUACCUGUGUUUUUCUGUGUGGCUGUCAGACGGAGCACAUGAUCUGUGUGGGUGUAGCUGAGAGCUCAGUUGUCAAUACAACCUGAAUGUAAAUCACUGAAUUUGUCCUCGAAACUAACUAAUGAAGUCAUCCAUAUGGUGCAUGCUACACCAGUGGAGUAUGCUGAGAAUUUGAUACCAUUGCUUUUGCAGUAUGUGGGUGACAGCAUCGAACAUGGGUGCAUCCCUCUGAUAAAGUUCCCCAGUCAAAUUCACCGUUAUACUUUUUUUCCCCAAAGUAUUCUUUUGUCUUCCUUCCUUUCCUAAUGUCUACAUCUGGCUGCUAUGAGCAGCUAUUAAACUGAGGGGGAAAGUACGGUAUUUCUAUCACAUUUCUAUCAAUCCAAAAAUUAAUGAGCUUUUAGCCGAUUUAUGUAUGGACUUACUUCUCAUUCUACAAUAUAAAUCAUAGUUGGCUAACUUGGCUAGCUGCUUUAAUUGAUUUUGGGGCAGCGCAGCAAACUAAACAAAACACUGACCUUUUAGAUUUGAUAUGGCAAACUUUCAUGUCCAGCAGACACAGAGAAACAUUAACAUCCAUUUGGUGUCAUGUUUCAGGCGGUCUGUUGAAUGCAAGUCCAGUUCAUCCCACUUUUAGCUCUGUUUUUGGACUUGACCAACACCUGAGAGGAACAUCUGGCCUUUAAAUUGCUAAAUUCUCCAUCAUGUUCUCCAGCCUAAUUGCUAACAUUGUCUGUUUGCAGUUUGGUGCCGGGCAGGUAGUUUAUAGUGGGUUUACCAAAGCUUUUUCACUGAAACAACUGCCUGCUGCGCCUGAAAUUGAACGGUGAGUGAAAGUUGCUGGCCAUAAAACCAAAACAGUGAGCUGAAGGAUGCUAACAUGCUCGGCAGAGCUGGGUAAUAAUUUCACAUUACACAUCUGACCCAUUGUUGAUAUAAAAAUAUUGAUUAAAGCAACUUAAAAUGCAAACAUACCAUAUGAAAAAAAGUGAUGUAAUAUUUAUUUACUGAUGGAAAUUUGUACCAGCCCCUAUGCUAUUUGCUUUCUUGACAGAAGACUAUGGCCUUAGAUAUAUGUACCUAGUUCAAAACAGCACAUGGCUUUUAGGGUUUUGCCAUUAAAACCUAUUUUCCUCAAUUAUGGUAUGCCUUUCAUAAGUCCAUACCUAUUACAUCAGCGUACUGCUCUUUUGAUUAAAACAGCUUUCUUUCUCUUAGAUCAGAGUACAUUUGUUUCUUAGAAAAGAGCCAAAAUAAAUAUCCUACAGUUCAUACUCAGGAACAGUGUGUAUCUGUAUGUGUGUGUAAACAGACAGUGUGUGUGGGGUGUAUGUGGAUGUGUGCGUUCUGAGCAGCAGCACUUUGAUGAAGCAUCAAGCGACAGUGGUGGUGGUGUCCCCCGUUCCUCAGCUGUUUGAUAUAAUGAGAAUAAUCAACUGACUGUUUUUCACCACAUCACGUCCUACAGGUUUAUCAUUGAGAGAAAAACAUUAUAGACCGGGGCAGGGAAUGUAAACACACAUCGGGCAAACUAUCUCAGCUUUAUUUUUGAUGACAGAGAGAGCUAAUAUACAGAGAAAGAAAGAGAGAUUUGUAGAGUUAACUAGCCAGCUGGUGUUCAUCAUGUACAGUAAAUUGUAUCCUUGAGAGUGUACAGUGUGUGUGUAUAGAUAUUCUUACCCUUAUGUAACCUAUGUACUGUAUGUGCCACAGCGCCUCUUUCUUCAAUCAUUCCAUUAACUCACCAAUAUCAAAUGGUCGUUUUUGUCAGUUCAGGUAUUGCUCUAAUGUUCAUGAAUGUGCUACAGUUCUUUGGGAACGUCUACAUAAUCUGGCCGCCUCAGAAAUCAAUUUGACUUGCACGCUUACUACACUACAGUGUGUGUGAAUUUGAACUGCGGUUUAUCAUAAUAGCCAUUAACCUUUUAUAAUUCUUGAAAGGUGUUUAUUGUAAACCCAGACUGUUCUCUUCUGUUUGUGUUUGACUGCUCAGGCUAAACACUGCCCAGUGACUGUUCUUCUCCAAAACAAUGUGGUAUUGUAUUUUUCACUGUUAAAAAGUAGAGGUACUGUUUCAUCAGUUUGUCUUUGUAGCCAUUUUCUUUCUAUGGGAGCCUGGCCUGUGUUUGUAUUUCUUCUUUAAGAAAUUGUUAUUUUUCAAAUACAGACCUGAAAUUACGUUAUGACACAGGCAAAUCUAUGACAUGUAAGAUUAAUGCUUAAAAUAAUUAUUUUAUUUUAUUGUAUUUUUGAGAAAUACGCAUAUUUGCUUUUUUUGCUGAGAGUUAGGUGAGAUGAUUGAUACCACUCAGAAACACGAGAGUGGUAUCAAUCUUGUCAUCUAAGUUUUGCCAAAAGCGCAUUUCUCAAAAUGUCGAAAUAUUUCUGUAAAGACCCUGCUCACCCACACUAUUGGCUAAUUAGACCUCAGUUCAGGUUGAAGCUGGGAGGAGCUGUGCUGCCACAACAGGGGCAUCAAGGAGGAGUUGUUAAUCAAUCAGCCUGUACACACCCUUACAGUUCUGAGAAGAGGCCUAAUCAAGCGAAAUAAGUACACUGUGAGGUUGGACCACAGGUGUGUAGGAACAGAGCCUUUCAAAAUAAUGUUCAGUAUGAUGUAAAAGCGCUGCCUUGUGGUGAUCUAUGGAAUUGCACUUUGUCAUAUGGGGGUUGGGGGGUGUUUCAGUCUAAAUAAUACACAGAAGUAAUGUACAGCAUGUCUGAGAGAAAUUGUACACUAACAGUACAGCAUCUCAGUGAUUUGUAAAUAGCCAAAGUCUUCCAUUAUAAUUUUGGUAUGACCUUGUUGCCAGUGGAGAGGAUACACACUGAUCCCCGUGUACAGAACUUUAAAGUGAAGUUUAAUUUCCGAAUACAUCAUCACAUGUAUUUGACAUGUUCCUUCACCUAAGAUAUUUUCUUUUGCACCAGCUCAAAAAACCAGGAAAUUAUGGGAGCUAUGGGGGACUUCAAAAAAUAUUUUGUAACUUGGGUCUGUGGGUCUGUUUUAUGGAUAAAUCUCAGCUAAGACACAGUAUGUCCUACGUACAGUAUGUAGUAAGUAUCAAUAAUGUUUCCUUAUUUUGGUGGUGUUGAGGUUUGCUAGUCAGAAACUGUUAAAUCUUUACUUCAAAUGUUUUAUUUCACAUUUGAUCAAAUAUAUUCAAAGAAAUAAAAGAGUCUAAAGAAAAAC